AUGCCCCCGCCUCCCCUUCAUCUCCCCCCUCCCCACCUGCGUCGGCUCGCGCAGCGCCGUUGCUCCGCCCUCCCCCCCGCGCUCACUCUCCCCGAGGACUCCGCGCCGACGUUGCGGAUGGCACAGACAUCGCCCGCGUUGGAGGGUCUGCGCAAGCCGCAGAAACGCGCGUUACUUAUCGGGAUCCAGACAUGCAAGGGCAGCGAGUACCCCCCGCUCAAGGCCGCCCGCGCUGAUGUAAAAAAGAUGCGCGCGCUGUUGAUUGACGUAUUUGGAUACAAGCCUGACGAUAUAACGGUGCUAGUCGACGGUGGUUUGAAGAGGCAUUCCCAGCCGACGAGAGUCAAUAUCCUGCAUGCGAUUGACGAGCUUGUACGGGAUGUCCAGCCGGGCGACCGGGUCUUCUUCCACUACUCCGGCCAUUCCACCCAAAUACCAAAUCGUAACCAUACCGAGGACGACGGCAUGGAUGAAUGCAUCGUUCCUCAAGAUGGGGAGAAGUACAUGAUCGUCGACAACGAGCUCCAUCGCCGCCUCAUCACCCCACUUCCCACAGGCUCCUCCCUCGUUGCUGUGCUCGAUACAUGUCACUCUGGCUCGCUCCUUGACCUGAGGCACUACCGCUGCAACCGUGUCGUGGUGCCCUGGAAGUGGCGCGGGCGCCAUAACAGCCAGGAUGUUGACAUGCGCUACAAUAUCAUUCGCCGCAACGCAAAUAUGUCCCCCGAUUCCAUUCCGAUGCCUUCCCAAACAAUCCCUCCCCCUGCCCCGGCAUCCCACGCGGCCAGCUCAGCCCGCGCCGGUCCGCGCGCCAACGUCCGCCGGUCCGAGGUGUUCGAGCCUGUCCCACCGUCAAGAACCGCCACGCUCGCAUCGCAAGUGGCGAAGGUUGUCCCGUGUCUGCCACAGUUGCACGUGCAAACGCAGCCGCUUGCGCCCGCAUUCUCUCGCAUCCUGGAAGACGAGGAGCGAUUCUAUACUGACAGCCCUGUGGCCGAGUUCUGUACCGGCUGGUGCCGCCAGACUAAGCCCGAGAUGGCGGGGGAUAGCGCGACGCCCCCGGUUCGCGCGGAUGUGGUGUCCCUUGCCUCGUGCAAAGAUUCGCAGCAGGCCUGGGAGAGUGCGGACGGGUUGAGUAUGACAUCGUGUCUCGUGGAGCUCCUCCGCAGUAGGUGUGGCGAUAUGCCGACCCUGGAGGAGGUGUUGUGCUUAAUAAGCCACGCGACGUACAAAAUUGCCUUCGAGCGGCACGAGUCGAACAAACACUAUCGGCUUUCGCGCCGGGAGUGGUUCGCCAAGGCGUGGCGCAUCAUCCGCGGGCGCGAGCGCAAGGCCGCGCCCGCGGUGCACGACCACAGGACAGUCUCCCGCUCGCCGACGGAGCAGCGCUUGCGCAGUGCGAUUAGCAAGUCCGAGCGGGAGACCGGCGGCGACAUGGACGCGUUCCAGAACCCGGAGAUGGCGAGCGCGGUGCCGCUCGAUAUGGAGCGUAAAUGGUGCAUGUAA